UACAAAAGAGACAUUGCACAGUCCUUCUCUUCCAGCAAGAUGAACAUGCCAUAAGCCAGAUUGAGGCCAGCCCUGUGCUAGCAAGGGUACAUUUUGGAAGUGGUCUGUACUACCUACAAAUGAAUUGGCCUUCUGCAGAGGACAGAGGCUGUGAGGCAGACAUGACCAAGCUCGUUUCUUGGAAGCUGCUCCAUCUUGCCCAGGAACGUUCUGCAGCCGUCCAACAUGCAGAAGAUCUUCCUCUCUCUCCUCCUCCUCCUGCUUACCCUCCUGAGGUCUUCUGCCCAAGAAGAUCUCAAAAAGAAGGCUUUUGUUUUCCCGGAGUCAUCAAAUACUGCACAUGUGGUCUUGAAAACCACAUCGCAGCGACCGCUGACCAGCUUCACACUGUGCUUGAGAUCCUGCACAGACCUGCCUCACACUGCUGGCCUGUUCUCUUAUGCCUCCAGAAGAUACGACAACGAAAUCUCCCUCCAAAAAGAGAAACCCAAUCAAUACAGUCUUUAUAUGGGGACUUCAUAUGUGACUUUCAUUGUUCCGCUGAAACCAACCCCUCCACCUGGCGGGGAACAUGUCUGUGUCAGCUGGGAAUCUGCCACUGGGCUAGUAGAGUUUUGGGUGGACGGGCAACCAUUGCUCCGAAAGAGUUUGAUGAAAGGCCAUGUCAUUGUUACGGAGGCGUAUAUCCUUCUUGGCCAAGAACAGGAUUCUUUUGGAGGUAGUUUUGACAUCAACCAAUCCCUUGUAGGGGAGAUCACAGAUGUGUACAUGUGGGACCGUGUUCUGUCUCCCGAGGAGGUACCCAAGGCCUUUUACAACCAAGAGCUUCCUGGUUAUUUGUUUAACUGGAGAGCAUUAAAUUACACCAUCAAGGGGUACGUUGUUGUUAAACCCGCCCUGUUUUCUCUCUAAUCCGCUGCCAUGUAUAUUUUGCAAAUCAAAUAAUAGUUUUUAAAAAGGGCAAAGAUAUUGCUAACUGUUCUGUAUUGGGAUUCAGGUAAAAAGCCUGGUGCUUAUCAAUUAUAAAAUUAUGCAUGAGGUGGAGAAAAUAGAGAAAAGUUUUUCUCCUUCUCCCAUUAAUAUUACACCUUGAGGGCAACCAAUGAAUUUGAUAAAUACAGUCAGUGUUAGGGAAUUUUUGGGGUGCUCUAUUGUUUUUUAUAUGUCUGGUCUAAAUUGACUAAAGAACUCUUCUCCCUGUGUGUUUAUCCCCUGUCAUUCCAUCUUGUAUUUCGGCUGUAAUAACACGAAGGCCUUGCCGGGUACAGUUAGUUUGCACUCUGAGAACAAAUGAAGGCUACAUAUGUUUCCUUCUUGCCCUGUUCUCAGCCUUUGGUAUGUUCUUCCUCAGCAAUGUAAAGACAACCAUGGAGCCUUUCUGAUAGUUUAUGUUACAUGACCUGAAAGGAAACCUGUCAAUUUAUCAUGUUCCGAACAUCAUGAGACAUUGGAUUGCUUAUAUAUUCUUGUAAUAAUCCUCUGUACUGAAAGCAAUUGUAAAGCAAUAAUAAACCUU